AUGGUGUUAGUAGGUUACUCUGAUUCUGAAGGCUCAGAUGCCGAGCCAGAUACUACACCUGCACCCAAGAUCACCAAGCCAAAGAAGUUCGAGUCCAAAAUGGGCUUUCAGAUCGAUCCCAGAAACCCACGCAAGAUCCGCAUGGCGCUUCCAGAAAUCAAACCAGAACACCCAUCCAGCGAAGAUUCCGAAGAUGGUCCGCGCAAAAAGGCUCGGUUAGGCGGAGGAGGUCUUGCAGGAUUCAACUCUUUCCUUCCAGCGCCGAAACGAACAGCCGAAAAGAAAGCACCAGUGGCGACAGCACGAAAAGUAUUCAGUCUCAAGACAGGAGCAGGCCCUGGAUUCGAUCGCUCAGCUGAUGCGGAGAUGAGAAAUGAUUACGCAGUUGAAAAUCUAGAGGGAGAUGCCGAGACAGCUGCACCUGGCAGCUCAAAAACCGACACUGCAUCAGAUGCACCAGGGGAGACAAUAAAAAAUUCAGUGGAGGUUAAGUUGCAAGGAAACCCGAUGAUGUUUAGACCGUUAUCUGUCGGACGACCCCAGAAGAAGAAAAAGACCACCAAGAUUGCUGAGCAACCAACGCCUUCCCCCUCAGCCGCGCCGAAGCUUGCUCAACCUGCACAGCAAGCCCCUGCGCCUGUACCUGCGCCUGCGCCCGCACCACCCAAACCCAAAGUCAGCCUCUUCUCUUUAUCAUCAGAAACUACUUCUCAGCCAGACCCAGCACCUGGACCAUCAGCAACCUACCAGCCGCUGGUGUACAACGCCGAAGGCGAAGAAGAACCAGCAGCUGGUCCAGUACUAGCCGAGCCUACACAGAUUGCCAGCGAAUACCCAGCAGCAGUAUCAACCAAUCCUACAUCAUCCCUGGACAGCAUUGCCAACGAUCUGAAUUUAUCCAAAUCCGAAAGACGCCAACUCUUCGGUCGGAAUGCCAAUAUUACCUCGUCGCAGUCACAAGUGCGUACCUUCAACACAGACGAGGAAUACGCGUCGAACAAGGUCAUGGCGGAAGGCGAGCUGGCCGGAGCACAGCACAAUCCUGUGCGCUCCAUUGCGCCGGGCAAGCAUACCCUCCAGCAAUUGCUCAAUGUUGCAAGUUCGCAGAAGGAGGCCUUGGAGGAAAGCUUUGCAACGGGUCGGAGAAACAAGAAGGAAGCUGGAUCCAAGUACGGGUGGUAG